UUGCGAUCCGCGUACAGCUAGCAUGCACGGAGGCUUAGCGCGUUCUCCAUCUUUUUUAUGCGAGAGAGAGAGAGAGAGAGAGAGCGAGAGAGAGAGAGAGAGUGAGUGAGCCGCGCCUAUAACCUGCUGCACAGCGUUUCUCCUCCGCUAGUUGCGCUGUGAUUUUGUUGUCCGCUGUAGAGACAGGUUUUCACGAUACGUCGACGGGCGUGGCAGCAGUGUACUCUCGAACGGAGGCUAUCGUCGCUGCUGCUUUUCCCAGUGCAUCAGUGGCAGCAGUGCGUGUCAGUGUGUGCGUCGUAGAAUAUACUGUCGGCUCGCGGAGAAUACAAGGAGGAGACUGAAGAGCCUGUAGAGAUAAAGAAGAUCAUCAACACGAAAUAACGAAUCCGACAACAUGGAACGUACUGCAGUUCUCAUCGUUGCUUUCCAGUUGGUUGCGUUAGCAUUGGCUGAUGUGCCAUGGAUGCACGAAGCUGGAAUAAUCCCUGAUAUCAUUAGUAAACCUUGCCCAUCUACCGUAUCGGUUUCCUACGGGAACAAGUCGAUGAGCGACGGCAACGUACUGAAACCGGAGGACGUGAAGAAUAAGCCGAACGCCGUUCGCUGGGGAGCAGAAGCAAACAGCUAUUACACCAUCGUGAUGCUAGAUCCAGAUGUCGACGCAGAAGCCAAGCCAUCUUUCCUGCACUACUUAUUUGGAGACAUACCUGCAGUCCGUAUCACGAAAGGCAAAGAGUUGGCCGCAUACAUGGGCAUCAGCCCUCCAGAAGGAACAGGAAUGCAUCGCUACAUUUGGCUCGUCUACAAGCAGCAGGGCAACAAUCAAUUCUCCAGCUACAAGAAAAUCACCAGAGAUUCUCCGCCAAAGGAGCGCGCAAAGUUCAUGGUUUCCGACUUUGCCACCAAGUACAAGCUGGGCGACCCGAUCGCUUGCAACAUGUUCCGCAGUCAGAAUGCCGUGGACGCCGCAAAGUCGGCUAGCCCGCGAAUCACGGGACUGCCACCCGCGAUGAUGCUUAUUGCAGGGUUGGUGGCAUUCUUAUUUCUCCAGCGCAAUUAACCUUUCUCGCCGUGCUCUUCUUGUUCAGUCGAAGUUGUGUGCAUGCGUCACGUGUCUUGAUAGAAUACCCAUAAAUUUGUAGUAUACGAGUAAGCGUGUGCACCUUACACGCGGCGGCACAAUUGCUUCAUAUGAGGUAAAUUAGCGGGUAUUCAAUGAUGCGAUUCGUAAAAGGGGAAAAUAUUACGAA